AUGAAGCUGUCCAGCGUCAUCCCUUGGGCCUUGCUGCUCAGCACAGCCACAGUGGAUUCAAUGGACUGGCUCCCCCGAAAUACUAACUGCGGGGGAAUCCUCAAAGAGGAGUCUGGAGUGAUCGCCACCUAUUAUGGACAGAAAACUAACUGUGUCUGGACUAUCCAGAUGCCACCACAGUACCAAGCUAGGGUGUCUAUCCAGCAUCUCCACCUCAACUGUGCUAAAGAGUCCCUGGAGAUUAUAGAUGGGCUGCCAGGAUCUUCUGUCUUAGGGAGGGUUUGUGAAGGUUCAUUCCUGGAAUAUAGAUCUUCUGGCAAUACCAUGACUGUCAAGUACAUCAGAAAGCCUGAGCACCCGACUUCUUCCUAUGAAGUGUUGUACUUUCAGGAUCCGCAAGAUCUUGCAGUUGUGAAGAUCUGA